GCUUCGAUCACCGAGGUAAGAAACACCCAAAAAUGUCUUCUUCUGCACUGCUCAAUUUGCUACUCUGCUACUCGUAUCACUAGGCAAGUCAGCUUUCGGUGCCAGUCUUAAGUCCUAAAGCGCUCACAGAUCUCUCGAUGAUGCGGUAGCCGAUUCCGGAAGACUUUUAACCUACCUACGGCCUGUCGAUAGCCUCCCAGAGUACGAUGAUAGCGCCAUGCGGGCACUUUUUCGGCCGCAACGAACAAUAUGGCCAACUGUCUCUCCUAUACUGCGAGCUCAACGCUGGCUCCAGACAAGAGCGAAAGCUAAAGGACCGUCUCAUCCUCCCCUUCUGGAGGAGACCGUUGGCGAUAAUUUUGCAAGAAUAGUGUCUGCGCAUGGCGACAGGGCCGCUGUUAUAUCCAGACAUCAAAACAAGCGUCUGACCUAUAGUCAACUCGACCGGGACAGCAAUGUUCUGGCCCGGGGACUACAAAGCUUGGGAGUCAACAAAGGGGAUCGAGUGUGCGUGUCAUUAGGGAACAACCUCGAGUUUGCGACUAUAACAUAUGCAUUGUUCAAGCUUGGAGCAAUCUUGGUUCCGCUCAACCCAGCAUUCACACCAGCCCAGAUAAUUUCAGCGCUCAAUCAUCUGUCGGCGACGCAUUUGGUUAUUGGGACAGAAACAAAUCUCCCUUUCAAGCCACCUCGUCCAAAUGCGCCUAUUCUCGAAACUAUUGUAUCCGAUCUAUCAAGUGCAACGCUCAAGUCCGAGACAAUACCUUCUCUGAAGAACAUCAUCCUAGUCGACAAUUCGUCAGGACGGAUAGAUCUCCUAAAGUUCCGCGCCACGGUGCCAUGGUCGUCCAUAUCCCAAGACACGGACAGCCGGCCACCCAUGCCUGCGUCGCCGCUAUCGCACGAUGAAGUGGUCAAUAUCCAAUUCACCUCAGGAACGACCUCGAUGCCCAAAGCUGCCUGCUUGUCCCAUCGAUCCAUCCUCAAUAACGGCCUACAGAUAGGCGACCGCAUGCUGCUCACUCCCGAGGACGUCGUCUGUUGCCCACCGCCGCUCUUCCACUGCUUCGGCUGCAUUCUAGGGUACAUGGCCACAGCGACCCACGGUUCCGCCAUAGUUUUCCCAACUGAAGCGUUCGAUCCUCUAGCAUCUCUCAAGGCUGUCCAAGAAGAGAAGGCUACAGCCCUCUACGGCGUUCCAACCAUGUUCCUAUCCCAACUCGAGCUCAUCGACGAUGAGAUCGUCUCAAAAGAAGGCUUCCAGUACCUCCGCACUGGCAUAGCGGCAGGCUCAUCCAUACCCGCGGAAUUGAUGAAGAAAUUGCAUAAAAUCCUCAACCUCACGGAAUUGACCAUCUGCUACGGUAUGACCGAAACCUCGCCCGUCUCUGCGAUGACAACCACCAACGACCCGCUCGACAAACGCAUCAAUACCGUUGGACGACUCCUCCCGCACGUGGAAGCUAAGGUCGUAGACCCAUUCGACCACGACCGGAUCUUGGAUGUUGGCGAGCGCGGCGAACUCGCUGUGCAUGGAUACCUCGUGAUGAAGGAGUACUGGGGCCAGCCCGAGAAGACGGCCGAAGUCAUGAAGGCCGACAGCGAGGGGAAGGUUUGGAUGCACACGGGAGACGAAGCGAGCAUAGACGAGGACGGGUACAUCAGCAUUACUGGCCGGAUAAAAGACCUCAUCAUCCGUGGCGGAGAGAAUAUACACCCGCUCGAGGUGGAAAAUUGUUUGUUUGCCCAUCCGAAGAUCGCGGAGGUGAGUGUUGUGGGUUUGCCGGAUCAGAAGUACGGCGAGGUUGUGGCUGCUUUCGUGGUGAGAAGGCAUCAUUUGCAGCCUGGCAACCCACCCGUGAGUGUGGAUGAAGUGAGGGAGUGGGUGAAAGAAAGGAUGAGCCACCAUCUUGUGCCCAAGUAUGUGUUUUUCGUGGAUGAAUAUCCCAAGACGGCGAGUGGGAAGAUUCAGAAGUUCAAGUUAAGAGAUUUAGGUGUGCAACUGCUCGAAAAAGGGGAGGGAUUGAAAUGAAGCAGGCCAUAUAGGCUGUAUGCAGCCACGAAGUUGUAAAGCCUUGUAAGAAGCAGAGCGGAACCGCAAGCAUGGGAAGUCUCUCGAGCUCAGUCAGGAUACGAGGGAGCCUCGACGGUUCGGUUCAUACUUCUACACACAUAUCCAGGUCGUUGAGUCAGUCAUCACAACGUCUUAACGACGGUCUCUCGAAGACCUUCGCUCCCUGCUGUCAUCUCGACGAUCUC